AUGGUUGAUAUUCUGAACAUUGGAGGUGAGCCGAUCUUUGAUGAUAGCAUCGUCAAGAUUGAGACUCACACGUAUAACCCAUAUGUCAACACAUCAUUUCAACAUAACGACGAGAUAAGGAUACCAAUACAACAGCAGGAUUUAUACACAUUGCCGUGUGAAAGUUCACUUUACGUCGAAGGAUUGACAGUAAAGACACAGAAUGAUAAUACACCAACAAUUGGAAAUAAUUGUGUGGCGUUCAUGUUUGACGAAAUGCGAUAUGAACUCAACGGCGUGGAGAUUGAUCGCAGUAGAAACGUUGGACAAACUACCACUCUAAAAAACUAUGUAUCGCUAUCAUCAGACAAUGUAUAUAUGAUGGGUAAUGCUGGACUUAACUUAGUUAAUGCCACUCUCAUCACAAAAGAUGGUUACUUUAGUUUUUGCGUACCACUCAGGAUCCUGUUUGGUUUUUGUGAGGAUUACACACGUGUGGUUGUUAAUGCUCGUCACGAAUUGAUACGAGCGCACAAUAAUUGUCUUAAGGGAGAUCCGGCAACGGAACCGAAACUUGAGUUAUUCAAAAUACAGUGGCGAAUGCCGCACGUUACGUUGAACGAAGUCAAUAAACUAUCUAUGCUGCGAGCUUUGGAAAGUGGACGAUAUCUGAAUAUGAGUUUCCGUUCAUGGGAUGUGUACGAGUACCCGCUAUUGCCUGCCACGACGAAACAUUCCUGGGCUGUCAAGACUACGCCUCAGCUAGAAAAACCGCGAUAUGUUAUCUUUGCCAUGCAAACUG